AUAUAAAAUUCCCGACGAACACCUUUGUUCCACGAACCAACGUAUGCCCUGGGACGCUCAUUAUCAUAUUUAGAAAACUCGCCAGUCCAAAUGGAAGAAAAUGUGAAAAUUCCAAUUGAAAAAAUUAUCCAAGCACUGGAUCUUAUUGGUAAAACCACAAUUGCAAAGGUAACUCACGACAUCAGGAAUCUUUCACGCGAGGAGCGCAUAAUUAGAUUCUUCUACAAUGAAUUUUUAAAGCCAUUUGCGGACAUACAAUGUGCUAAUCACGCUCAGCCUGAUGAUCAGAUUAUUUUAAGAAAAACACAAACUUCUUCAACACAAACUUCGGGAAAUGUGAUGAACUUCAAUGAAGAUACAUUAGCACUUGAAUGUAAUGAUGAAACAGUCGACGAAACAGCAUGUUCUUUACUUCCACCAUAUGAAGAAGAACGGCUAGAAGAAUAUUUAGCUGAACCUAAUUCAUUAGAUGUUGAUGCUGGAUUGUCGGAAAGCAAUAACUUGCAAAAUGAGGAAAAUACUCUUUCCCAAACUCUUAAGCUACCCCCUGUUCCUCAUCGUAGUGGACAGCAUAGGAAAUAUAAAUCACGAUAUUUUCCUGUUCUAACCGCCGGCGAAAGACUGGCAGAAAUAGAAAAAAAAAGAAAAUGAAAACCAGCAUAAAGCUGAGCUACGUAAAAUCAAAGCUCAAGAACGGCUUAAGUUAAAACUGGAACGGGAAGCACUGCAAAAUAUUAAAAAGAGAAAAAAAAAGAAAAGAUUAAGAAUAAUUCU